AUGAAGACUACAAAUCUCAAUGUCAUUAUUAAACCAAUAAUCAAUGAGGUCAAUAAUAAAAAUCCAUUUUUAACUACAAAAGAAUGUCAGACAUCUAUUGAGGUUGACUCCAAUACUUUGUUGAAGGAUGUUUGUAAAGUUGUUUUGGAGCAAAAUGGAAUAGGACAUUUGGCUUUUACUUCAAAAGCUUUUAUUGAAGCUCCAGGUUCUAGAUCCAUUAAUUGUGAGACUUUCUAUCCUGAUAAGGAGAUUAAUAUUGAUAUUGUAAGAAAUUUAGUUGGAAAUCCUUUUAUUAUUGUUAUCUAUGCUCAUGGAGAAGUUGAAGAUUUUUGUGAAGCAACUUUAAGAAAAUCAGCUCUUUCUAGUUUACUAGAUUUUUUACACAAUAAUGAACCAUCUCAUAAUAAUCUUAAGAUGGAUCCAAUAGUAAAAAAAUUUAUUGAAUAUAUCAAGAAUAAUUCAAAUGAGAAAACUUUAGAUAGAAAUUUGUCAAUGAUUAAUGAUAAUCUUGUAAACGGUACAAAUUGCCACAAUAACAUUACAUUAAGAACUCCAGUACAUCCAAAUUCAACUAGCAAAGUAGAGGUCGAAUCUAGAUCAAGACAAGCUAAGAAGUAUUUACCUUCUCAAGCCAAUUCACCAACACUAGGUGUUAAUGUAAAUCUUUAUAAUCACCUUAAAGAGAAAAGUAUAAUAUCAGGAAGUCCACUCUUAAAAACUCCAUUAUCAAGUAGAUUAGAUUGUAAAUCAAGAAAAACAAAGUUGAAUCAGUUAAGAGAGGUAAAUUCUCUAAGACAAAUUUAUCAAAACAAAGGAAAAUUAACUACCAGUGAAAUUAUUCAAUUUACCAAGAAAAUAAAUGCAGUCUGUAAACGUCCUGGAAAUUUAAAAAUAACACCAUACCAAGUUUCAUCUUGGUUAAAAAAUAGAAAAUUUAAAAGUAUUGAACGAAGUUUUUAUGCAGAAGGAAAUGUCACACUUUAA